UUGGGAACCACCGGGUUUGAGCCAUCCCACUCUGCAGGCUCCAUGCUACUAUUGUCUAACAAGAGAGCGGGCUAUUUGCAAAAUAAAGGUCGUCUACUGCCUUGCUCUUAGCCGCUAUGUGGGCUGAUACAUACAGGCAGGGUGAUUUUUGUUUUUUGUAAUGUGGAGCGGCGGUGAAAUGUGCGGGUGUUAUCAGCGGUAGUCCUCUUGUGUUUGUCCUCCCAGACAGCUUCGGCUUCUCGGCGGUCGGAUGCUGGAAGUCCUCGCCGAUAAGGGAGCACGUAGGGCUCGAAGAGAAAAUCAGAAGGGACGCGGAAGGAGGGAAGCAUAGGGGAGCAUUUUAAUACCAAAUCGGGACACAUGUUGAGCUAAGGGCCCGCUCCACCUCCCCCCCCACCUUCUCCUCCCAAAUGCAUUUGUUGCCUCAAUCGCCUUCCCGUUACUAAUUACUCCGCGGUAGGAUAAAGCCAGCGGACCUCCUCUCCGGUUCCAAGGAUCCUCACUCACCGCUUUGGGGGACGAUCAUGGAUCUCAGUAAAAUUGCUGUCAGCAUCAAUAAGGCCAUCAACACACAGGAGGUCGCUGUCAAAGAGAAGCAUGCCAGGACCUGCAUCUUGGGGACCCAUCAUGAGAAAGGCGCCCACACAUUCUGGGCAGCGGUCAACCGGCUUCCUCUCUCCAGCAACGCGGUGCUCUGCUGGAAGUUCUGCCACGUCUUCCACAAGCUGCUGCGAGACGGCCAUCCGAAUGUGAUAAAGGACUCCAUGAGGAACAAGGCUGAUCUAACUGAUAUGAGCAGGAUGUGGGGUCACCUGAGUGAAGGCUAUGGGAAGCUGUGCAGCAUCUACCUCAAACUGCUCAUCACCAAAAUGGAGUUUCACAUCAAAAACCCUCGUUUCCCCGGCAACCUGCAGAUGUCAAACAGACAGCUUGAGGAGGCGGGAGAGAACGACGUCAACAACUUCUUCCAGUUGACCGUUGAGAUGUUUGACUACCUGGAGUGUGAGCUCAACCUCUUCCUGGGUGUAUUCAGCUCUCUAGACAUGUCUCGGUCGGUGUCGGUGACGGCGGCGGGCCAGUGUCGCCUGGCCCCCCUCAUCCAAGUCAUCCUUGACUGCAGCCACCUGUAUGACUACAACGUCAAGCUGCUGUUUAAGCUGCACUCCUGCCUUCCAGCAGACACUCUCCAGGGCCACAGAGAUCGCUUCCAGGAACAGUUUAAGAAGUUAAAGAGUCUGUUCUAUCGCUCCAGUAACUUGCAGUAUUUCAAGAGGCUGAUUCAGAUCCCACAGUUGCCUGAGAACCCUCCUAACUUCCUGCGUGCGUCGGCUCUGUCAGAGCACAUCAGCCCCGUAGUCGUGAUCCCCGCCGAGUCGUCGUCCCCCGAGUCAGAGCACGUGGUGGAGACGGACGACCUGGUGGACACGGAUGUCCCUGUGCUGCCGGCUGCUUUGGAGACCAAGUUUGACGACCUGUUUGGCACCUCGGCUGCUAUCGACCCCUUCAACUUCAACAGUCAGAACGGCAUGCGGAAGGAUGACAAAGACCGUCUGAUUGAGCAGCUGACGAGGGAGAUCCAGGCCCUCAAAGAAGAGCUGGAGUCUUUCAGACUGGAGAGUGGUCGCUUGUGUCAGGCCCUGAGGGGGCGUGUCAGCGAGCUAGAGGCGGAGCUUGCAGAGCAGAGCCACCUGAGGCUGCAGGCUGCAGGGGAGAGCGAGUUCCUGAAGGCCGAGCUGGAUGACCUGCGGAGAGUCAGAGAGGACACGGAGAAGGAGCAGCGGAGCCUGACGGAGAUAGAGAAAAAAGCUCAGGCCAAUGAGCAGCGCUACACCAAACUGAAGGAGAAGUACUCAGGGCUGGUUCAGAGUCACGCAGACCUGCUGAGGAAGAACGCAGAGGUGACCCGGCAGAUGACAGUGGCUCGGGCAGCACAGGAUGAAGUGGAGGCGGUGAGAAAAGAGAUGCAAGAGAAGGUGAAAGCGGCUCAGGAGGUUGCAGACCGACAGGAGAGGGAGCAGCUGGAGCAGCUUCAGGAGCUCCAGAGAGAGCUGGUGUCCAGCAGGGUGGAGCUGGACUCCCUGAAGACCACCAUGGCCUCGUCACAGCAGUCGAGUGAGGUGCUCAGCACCCAGCUGGUCGUGCUGGAGUCUGAGAAGGCGGAGCUAGUGCAGUCCUUGUCAAAGGUGGAGGCGGAGCUGGCUGUCCGGGGGGAGGAGCUAGAGCAAGUCCAGAGCUCACUGGCGACUGAGAGGGAGAGCGGCGUGAAGACAGCGGAAGCCCUCCAGAACCAGCUCAACGAGAAGGAGAGCAGGGAGCAGGCGUUAGAGAGCCAGCUGGUAGCAGCUCGCUGGUCCAGUCUGCAGGGAGCUGUGGAGGAGGCAGAAAAGAUCAUCCAGGACUCGCUGGCUCAGAUAGACGACCCGGUGCACAUUAGCUGCACCAGCUCUGCGGACUACCUAGCAUCCAGAUGUCAGGCCUCUUUAGACUGUAUGGACCGACUCCACUCUGCCAGAGAGGCUUUCAUGGCUGACAACACAGGUGUAUCUGAGCUGGUGCGAGUGGUGACCCAGUGUGGCCACCUGGUGGGUGACACCAUCGUUCAGGGUAGUGCCACCUCCCACAUGGUGCCUGUGGAGCAAGCUGAUGCCCUGUCAGAGAGUGUGAAGGCGUGCGGGGCCGAAGCUCUGGCUAUGCUGGGCCAGAUGAAGCAGCAGGACAGUCUGGCUGCAGCAGACAAUGGCAAACUGAAGGCAGCUCUGGAGGCCAUCCUGGCCACUGCCGAGAAACUGCGUCCUCGAGGUUUGGAGUUACAGCAGGGGGAGCUGGGAGAUCUUGUGGAGCAGGAAAUGGCUGCCACUUCCACUGCUGUGGAAUCGGCAGCUGCCAGGAUAGAGGAAAUGCUCAACAAGUCUCGAGCACUUGAUACAGGAAUCAAGAUGGAGGUCAAUGAGAGGAUUUUGGCCUCCUGCACAGAGUUGAUGCAGGCGAUCAAGGAGCUCAUUAUGUCUUCCAAAAAUCUGCAAAGGGACAUCGUGGAGAGUGGCAGGGGGGCAGCCUCCAUGAAGGAAUUUUAUGCCAAGAACUCCCGUUGGACUGAGGGCCUGAUCUCUGCCUCCAAAGCAGUAGGAUGGGGCGCCACUGUCAUGGUAGAUGCUGCUGAUCUGGUGGUGCAGGGCAAAGGGAAGUUUGAGGAGUUGAUGGUGUGUUCACAUGAAAUAGCUGCCAGCACAGCACAGCUAGUGGCUGCCUCUAAGGUAAAAGCAGACAAAGACAGCAGCAACCUGCGCCGUCUGCAGCAGGCGUCCCGGGGCGUCACACAGGCCACUGCGGCUGUCGUGGCCUCCACCAAGUCUGGGAAGUCCCAGAUUGAAGAGACAGAUACAAUGGACUUCUCCAGCAUGACCCUCACCCAGAUCAAACGACAAGAGAUGGAUGCACAGGUCCUGGUCCUGGAGCUGGAGACCCGUCUGCAGAAGGAGCGAGAGCGUCUCGGCGAGCUGAGGAAGAAACAUUAUGAGCUGGCUGGGGUAGCAGAGGGCUGGGGCGAGGAAGAAGAGGGCACAGGUUGAGACCUGCCGCCCCUGUCGUCCCCCUCCUCUACCAGAAGACCGGCUUCUGUCUGCCUCUUUCUAUUUAUACACACUUUUCAGUCUCUUUCUUCCUUGUUUUCUUCUCUCGUUUUUGUUUGUUUGUUAUCUAAGCCAAAUUAAAAGGUGCUUCUUUUCUAAACCUGCUUCUCCACCCGUGUCCGAAAGCUUCCAUAAAGGACAGCGGCAAGGGCUCAGCGACGGCAGGGGGUGCGUCGAAGGGAGGAACAAAUGGACGUAAGGAGUGGGGGGAAGGAGGUCCUCUUCCCCAGGACUGUGUUGGUGAAAAGCAGUCGCUGUGAAGUCGAUCCGUUCUACCGAGUAUUUAAUGUCAUUUUCUUCCCCUGGGUUUUAAUAACGGCGCUCAAUCAAGGAAUCACAGCGGAGACGCUACGAGCACAAGUUCUACUCAAGACAUCCCAGGAUGCACUGCACAAGGGCCAAGCUCUCAGCAGAAAGAGGGGGAGAUCAGUGACUGUCUGCCCUACCCCAGCCCCAAAACCAUGUCUCUGUGUAACAUAGAUGGCAUGCAUGCUCUCCUACUAAAACAAGUGUUUUUGUUCCACAUCGUGAGCUCAUAAAGCUGUGGGAGCCUGAGCUGCUCUUCAUCUGUCUUUAUCUUCCUCCCUAGUUUCUUCCUACUAUUCUUUUCUCACUGUGAGUUAUCACCUUAUUAAGUCCGUACCGCUUCACUGGCCGGUUCACUGGACUUUCUGCCUUUCACCUCUCCACCAUUGUAACGACCAUGACUGUUAACUGGAGCCGACCCACUUUUUGUUUUUACAGACGCUUGCAUGGAAACUCUUAAAACCGCUCCAAACUGUCAGCGUGCAGAGUUUUUUUUCUCUCAACAGUCUUCUCCCUGUGAGCUUUGAGACUGCCAACUACCUCAUGCUACAUCGUCAGAGGUAGCGGUGCAUCAUGGGUAGGUCUGAUGAGAGAGAGCUGUCGGCCAAACACUAAUGACAUGGGGUCAUUUUUGUCUUUUCCCCUUUUUUAUUGGUUAAAGGUAGGAAAGAGGGUUGUGGGAGGAAAAACCUCUUUUUUAUACAGAAAAAAGCAACAACACUUUUCCCCCUUAGCAAUUAUAGUUCAAGUCUGGCAGAAAAGUUCUUAAAUAAAGUUUAAGACCUUCAUUGGUGCAUAUUGAAAUUUUUUUAUUUUUUUUUUUUUAAUGUCAGUGGGUCCAGCAGCACUACAACAAAUCUGUCCCAGCAGCAGCAGCUUUGGAGGUGGAGCUGAGAUCCAGUCACAUAAUGAACUGCUAACGGUGUCUUCUGACAGACGGAAUCCAAGUUGUUCGCUCCGUUAUUUCCUGGAGACGUAAUGACUCUGCCAGCAGGACGACCGUACUCCUCAAGACUGGACUGCCCGCUAAGUCAGAUAAAUCUGCAGAAGCAACAAAAGGAAGUCCAAAAAAAUUUAUAAAAGAUUUUAUUUUUUUUUUAGACAAAUGUGGAAUGUCAAUUUUGGGAAGUUUAAGGCUGCACAAACCUUUAUUCAUUGUAGAUUUUUAUCCAGUGUGUCACAUGAUCCUGCCUCUUCAAACACCCUGCGGGACUGAUUGGUGACUGCAGUUUUAUAAAUCCUCCACUAACUAACAGCCUGCAUUGCCAGGACCACAAUGAACUCUGAAGUAUGCAGCACACAUGCUGCAGUGUUUUCAAUCGCUUCCUCAAGACCAAGUAGCUGUGUAAAUAAACAUACAAGCCUUCUAUUGUUGGAAAUAAUCUUUUGCUUUCUUUUCAUCUAAAAGCAUUCAAUAGCAUCAAGUUUUGCAUCUCUCCAAGUAAGGAUUCAGUUGAAUUGAAUUAGGGAUACAAAAUGGUGCACAUGAAUGCCACACAUAACUAAUAUAAGUCAUGAUUUUUUCCAUAAGAGGUUGUUAUUUAACAGAAUUUUCCUACUGAGACUGAUGGACUUACUUGUUGCCAGUGGACUCUGUGAGAAGACCGAUCAUGCCUUGAGAUGAGCAGGCAUCCGUUUUGAUCUCCAACACCUUAUUUCUUUUUUCUGUUUGAUGAAGGCGAUGAUGAUCCUCUUGGAGUUUCUUUCUCCAUGUCUUAACAUGCUUAGUUUUGACGCUCCGCUUCAGCUGUGUAUCUACAAAGUUGUGACACUGGUUUAUUUAACAGACUCUGGUCAAAUAGUAUUUGCCAAUAAUUCUUAAAAAACUAGUUUUAAACCACUUGGAGAAGCAGAAAAGUGUUUUUAUUAAUCAGAAUUUGAAAUAAUUUUCCCAUUUGCUGCUCCACCGGGUUAAAAUAAACAAAGUAUUAUUUGCAGUACUGUUGGAUCCAGGUCUUUGUAUUUAAUAAUGAUUUUAGCUGUGUUCUGUCACUUCCUCCACACCUGGGCAAAACGGUAGCUGUUUUCAUUAGAAAUUAGAACAUAAAACAAAAAAUACCACAAAAGAAGUAUAAAUCAAUUUUUUAUGGUAUUUAAAGUGUCUUGAAAGGUGAAUUGAACGCACCUUGAGUGACGUUUGGUUGUAUUUUGCCCAAAUAUUCUUUAUUAACCUGUCUCUCUUGGUCUGUCUUUUGUCUCUGCUCUCGGGUCUGUGUCUGUAGUCCUACCAGCUCAGCCAGCCUUUCAAACUGCCUCACACUGUAGUCAAAGAGAAACAAAUACUCACAUAGCGACAUUGAAAUAUGUCUUUGUAUGAUAUACUAAAACUAUGUUGGUGGGUUUGUUUUUAUUUUUUCAGUUUUUAAAAUAAAUAUUUCAACUCAUACAGA